GAGCCCCGAGGCGGGGCGGAGCGGAGGGCCGAACUCACAGGCGUCCGACCGGCCCGGCGGGCGCUGGCGCCGAGCUCCGCGGCCGCGGCAGGAAGAGCACACCAUCAAGGCAGGCAACACGGGCCGGUCCUCGCCCAUGGCCCCUCCUCAGGACGAGCUGACGGCACCAGCUGGGCCUCUCUCCUAAGCCACGGAGGGCCUGGGGGAAGCCAUGCCGUUAGGGAGGGCCAGCCCCCAGGGGCGCCGGGCAGUGCGGUGUGGUUGCCCAGUCCCCCUCGCCAUGCUUGGGGCCGCCCUGCUGCUUGUCAGCCUGCCAUGGGGGGUCCGAGGGACAGCCGGGGCCAGCCUCGACGUGGCUCUGGGCCCCACUGUGCCACCGCCAGGAGGCCACUACUUGAACAUCGGGGACGGCUCAGUGAUGGAGUUCGAGUUCCCAGAGGAGAGCGAGGGCAUCAUUGUGAUCUCUAGCCAGUACCCGGGCCAGCGCAACGGGACAGGGCCUGGCCCCACACUCAGGGUCACCUCCCUGGACACGGAGGUGCUGACCAUCCAGAACGUGAGUGCCUUAAGUUUUGGUGGCGGGCGUGGCUUCGUGGUGGGCAUCCGCUCAGGCCUGGCGGGGCUGGCCCUGCUGCACAUCCAGCUCCUGGACCUCCAGGAGGCCCAGCCCGUGCUCAUCGAAGAGCGGAGAGAUUUCCGCAUCAGGGUGUCCCCGGUGGAAGACUCUCCCGCCCACCUCCGCACCGACCUGGCCCACUUCUCGGAGAACCCCCUGCUCUACAUGCUCCUGCCUCUGAUCUUCGUCAACAAGUGUUCGUUCGGGUGCAAGGUGGAGCUCGAGGUCCUGAAGGGGCUUCUGCAGAAACCCCAGCCCAUGCUGCUUGGCCUGCUGGGCCAGUUUCUGGUCAUGCCCUUCUACGCCUUCCUGGUGGCCAAGGCCUUCAUGCUGCCCAAGGCCCUGGCGCUGGGCCUCAUCGUCACCUGCUCUUCGCCCGGGGGUGGGGGGAGCUACCUCUUCAGCCUUCUCCUCGGAGGGGACGUCACCCUUGCCAUCUCGAUGACGUUCAUCUCGACGGUGGCCGCCACUGGCUUGCUGCCCCUGUCCUCCACCAUGUACAGCCACCUGCUCAGCAUCCACGAGACGCUCCACCUGCCCAUCUCCAAGAUCCUGGGGACCCUGCUGUUCAUCGCCAUCCCCAUCGCGGCAGGGGUGGUGAUCAAGUGCAAGCUGCCCAAGUUCUCCCAGCUGCUGCUGCAGGUCAUCAAGCCCUUCAGCUUCGUGCUCCUCCUGGGCGGCCUCCUCCUGGCCUACCACAUGGGGGUCUUCAUCCUGGUGGGUGUCAGCUUCCCCAUCGUGCUGGCAGGCCUCACAGUGCCCCUGGUGGGCCUCCUGGUGGGCUACUGCCUGGCCAGGUGCCUGAAGCUGCCCAAGGCCCAGCGGCGGACGGUCAGCAUUGAGGUCGGGGUGCAGAACAGCCUGCUGGCCUUGGCCGUGCUGCAGCUGUCCUUCCACCGCCUCCAGGCUGACUACGCCUCCCAGGCCCCCUUCAUCGUGGCGCUGAGUGGCACCUCGGAGAUGCUGGCCAUGGUCGUUGGCCACUUCAUCUACAGCAGCCUGUUCCCAGUUCCCUGAGCGCCCGGCUCCCAGCACCCCGAGCCCCACAGCCCACCCACCGUUCUCGUGUACCAAAGGCCUUUAGUUCUCAUGCACUAUGCACUCAAAAAUCCAGGCUUAUUUUUUGUACCGAUUUUUUUAUUCUCCAGCUUUCGGUGCCAAAGAGGCCACGCUGAGUGAGGGCACUGCCCGGCAAAAUGAUAUUUCAAUAAAAGAGAGAAAGCCA